AUGGAUGGCCCCCGCCGCCCCCAUCGCUCACACCGCUCACACCGCCCUAGAGAUCACUCCCACUCACCGCACCACUAUUCCCGCCACCACCGCCACCACGACCGUAACUCCCGCUCAAGUUCUCAAUCCCGAGACCACCAUUCCCGUGAACGUCAUUCUCGAAACCACCACCGCCACCACCGCCAUCAUAAGCGCACCCGUUCUCCCUCGCCAACCAUAGUUCGCCCUUUAAACGCCCCGCGAAUCUCUCGACAUGAUUUCGAGUUUCAUAGGGAUGUGUUUGCAGACUACCUUGACAUUCAGAAAGGGUUGACACUCAGUGAGCUGGACAGGGCCGAGGCGAAGGGACGGUUCAAGAGAUUUGUGACGCACUAUAAUCACGGGGAGCUAGCGAGAGGGUGGUAUGAUCGGAUAGUUAAUAGGAAGGCCAGCGAUUCAACGAAGGCUCCUGAGGAACAAAGGAGCAACUCUAAAAAAGAUGAAGAUUCUACUUGGCCGGAGAAGAAGAGGCGGAGAAUGGACACUCCUCGGUCCGACAAAAAAGGCGAAAGUGAGGAAGAGAAUGAAAGUGAGAACGGAGAAACUAGCGAAGAAGAAAUCGUAGGACCAUUACUCCCAGGCCAACAACCCUCAAAGCGAUCCCGCGCACGGGGCCCUACAAUCCCUUCAAUAGAAGAUCUCGACCUCCAGAAAGAACUCCUCCGCGAGGACCAAACCCUCCAACACCUUAACCUCCGCCAUGCCCGCAAGCAAGAGCGCAAACUCGAAAAGGAGCGCCUAGAAGAACUCGUCCCCCGCGCGGCCCCUGGCACGCACGAACGCCAACUCGAGAAGAAAGCCGAGCUCAACGCCAAGAUGAAAUCCUUCCUCGAGAAGUCUCCGGAUCUGGAAGUCAAUGAGGAAACUCUCAUGGGCUCUGGUGGGACAGAUGGUUUCAAGCAGCGGAAGGCAGCGAUAGAACGGAAGAAGAAUGAUCGCGAGAUACGGAAGGAGGAGUUACUUAGGGCGAGAAUUGCAGAGAGGGAGGAGAGGUUGCAGCAACAUCGGGACAAAGAAGAGAGAACGAUGGCAAUGUUGAAGCAGUUGGCUAGUCGGUUUAACAAUUGAUUUUCUCUCCGGGUUUUUUUUCUCCCCCUCCCUUUCCUUUUUGUAUGUAAAGAAGGGCAUGUAGGCUUUGUAUAAGGCAUGUUACAUUGCCAGCGUACACAUAGCUUAACUUACUUCAUCGUAUGAUAUCGUGUCGAAUUCCAAAACCAAUACCCUU